GCACCAUCUAUCAACACGUGUAAAAAGCUGAGUCAAUCUCAAUUCGGGAGUUUUUGACAAAACAAAAUCGAAUCGUGGUUUUUAAUGCAUCUUUGUAUUGUAUUCCUUGUACAAUACGGACCACUUGUAAAGUAGUUUUUCUUGGUAGCUGCCAGCUUUCUACUGGAAUUCCUCAAUUUUAGGACUGAAAAUGUAUUGUUACCACCAACACUGCAAAUCUGUAGUUGUAAAAGAAUUUGGAGGGUAUGAAUCUCUGAUAGUUGAAGAUUUAAUACUACCAAGUUUGGAUGGUAAGAUUGAAGUGCUAGUUAAAUAUGGUGGUUUGAAUUUUGCUGAUCUUUACACCAGACAGGGUUUGAUGGUGGAUAAGCCCCUUCCAUUUAUACUGGGUAUGGAAUGUACAGGAAUAAUAACAGCUAUUGGACCAAACUUAAGAAACACAGACUUCAAAGUGGGGCAAGCAGUAGUUUGCUAUGAUCACAAUGGAGGCAUGUUCAGAACCAAAGUACGUGUUGAACCAACCAAAUGUUUUCCGCUACCAGAUUUUAUUAACUUUAAAAUAGGGGCAGCUGUAUUCGUCAAUUAUAUCACUGCCUAUUUUUCGUUGAUCAGUCAGGGAAAUCUCAAAGAGGGAGAGACAGUUCUGAUUUUAUCCUGCACAGGACGCCAGCCAAUUCACCGAACAUGAAGACAAUUUUAACGACCAUUCUUCAUCCCAAUCAUCACUACGUCCUCUAUCCACCCCAUCCACAUCAACAUCAAAUUCCAGAAUUAGUGUCAAAAGAAAAAGUCAAAAGAAUUUGAAUUGCAGCGAUAAAGUUUCAAAUAUUGUAGCAAGUAAACUUCAAAAUCAAGGAAAAUAUGCAGCUUUCGGCCAACAUGUAGGCCAAUAACUUCUGGAACUGCCUUCUGAGAUGGCCAUAUUUUGCAAAAUGAUGAUUAAUGAAGCAAUCUUCCAAGCACAAAUGGGACAAUUGAACCAGACAUCAAAAAUUGUAACCCAGAUCGAAACAGAUAGAACACCAACAACUACUGAUAUAUACACUUUUCAGUAUAAUCAGGAGGUUAGUCGGCCCAGUAAUACUGAAGUUUUAAGAUCGACACCAGAAGGACCCAUGAAACCCUUACAACGCUUGGGGGGAUUAAAUUCAAUAUUUCAUGGAAUAGACACUUUUCAGUAUGAUCAUGAAAGGGUUAGAUCGCCCAUUGGAACUGAAAUUGCAAGAUCGCUGGAAGC